UGCAGUUGGCGUAUGAAUCGAAAGUUAUGACACGUAGUCCUUGAGACAGUUUCCUUUUUUUUUUUUCUUUCAAUUGACCCUUCUUGAACAUGGAUUGUUCUGUAUAAAGUAUAUUUUCGCUCCGUAAACAUGGCUGAUCCAGAGAUUUUCCUAUCAGUGCUGUUGCUCUUCGUCAUGUCAAAUCCAGUUUUGGGGGUACUAUCCGACUACAAAAUAUGUGGGGACCCCGAGUGUGAACGUCUCAUGAGUCGUGUGCAGGCAACCAAAGAUCAUAAAGGCCCUGACUGCAGAUUUUUGAAUUUCAGAAGGGGAGAUGUGAUAUUUGUAUAUGUCAAACUUACAGGAAAAAGGGAUGAUUUAUGGGCAGGAACUAUUGACAAACAAUUUGGGUAUUUCCCAAAAGAUGCAGUGGAACUUGAGGAAAUUUAUGCCCGCAAGGAAGUUAAGAUACCAACACAGGAUCAUGACUUCUUUUGUCUUGACGAAUAUGGCACAAUAAUAGAGAGUGGACCAACUCAGUUGGAUAAUCAAGAAGAUCAAACUGAACUUCAAGAAGUACCUCAGAAUAAUGAACAUCAUCCAGAAAAAAGUGAACCUUUCAUGGAACCUCCUACCAAGAUUGAGCAGAAUGAAGUCCAGGAGAAAGAAGCAAAGACUGUCAUACCAGCUUCCUCUCAUGAUAGCAAACAAAAGGUAGCUGAACAAGGUGGGUCUUAUUGGAUUGGAUCACGCAUUACUGGAUGGCUGGGUUUAGGAGGCGCAAGUGAUGAUGGUUCGCAGGAGGAGAGCAAGGAACAGGAUUCCUUCAGGAGCAGGAAACUUGCUUUGGAUAUCGAUGGGAAUCAAUUAGAAGAGGAGGCGACUACAGAAGCAUCUGGCUGGCUUGGGGCCCAAUUGACGAAUGUUUUGAGUUUUGGUCAAAGAAUUCCAGAGGACAGUGUUGAGAAAACAAAUGAAAGGGGGGAAUUGACAUAUCAGAACAAAGACCAACCUUCAAUGGGGACACCCAAUGGUGAAGAAGCAGUGAUUGUAAGUGAAGAUGAGGAUAUGCAGACCAGCUCAUGGCUGAAAAUCGGUAUUGGUGACAUUCUGAGUUUUGGUCAGAAGUAUAAUGAGAAUGGUGAGGUAGUGGAAGAGGGAAAACUUUCAGAAACAGAUCUGAACGAAAAGACAGACAUAGACAGUGAGAACACACCUAGUGUAGAUUCUGCUAUGUCUCCGGCAGGAGUGGAACGAGACGAAAGAUUGGUGGAUGUUGAAGCGGAAACUAGCGAUAGAGGGGGGAGCACAGAAUUCAAUGCUGUAAACUCUCUUAGAGAUAACAUCAACUUAGAAGAAGACAGUAUUGUUCCAGAGGGAACAGUUAUUCAAGCUGAUGAGAUCAAAAAUGAUGAAAGGGAUGGUUGGUUCACCAAUGUAUACAAAAGCAUCACAGGGUUUUAUAAAGAAAAACCCAAACCUGAAAAUGCAGGUGACACUAAUUCACCUGAGAAUCCUGAAGGGGUAGUUAACUUAAAUUCAGAUGAAGAGAAUGAAGUAAUCCAAGAAUCAGGAAAAGGCCUACAGUCUGUAUUUUCUACUAGUGGCAUUUCAACCGUGUUUGACAGUCUACCUUCAAGGUUUGAGCCAGACACUCCAGAUGUUGAUGAAGAUAUAAUGAAGAAUAAUUAUGAAGAAUCAGCUACAGAUUUGGCAGAUGAAGUCAAGGAGGAUUUAUUAGAAUCCCAGGAUGAUACUAUUGAUGAAUCUAAAGAGGACACAGGCAGACAGGCUGAGUGCACCACCAUCACUUGCUUCAGUCCUGAGAAAAGUGAACACACCUGGGGAGAGACUGAGGCUGAUCAUAAAAUGAGAGAGGAGACAGACCAGACAGAAUGGAGGAGUGGUCAUCCCAGACAGGCGGAUAUAGAUGACAUCACAACAACAAAAAUAGGCAGUCGUCAGACUACUGCUAACAGUGAUGGAACAGACACACCCACAGUUAACCCAUCCUCUCAAAUUCCUUCAGAAUCACAUGAGGAUGCCAUUUUUGGAACACUGCUUACUUUUGCUGGACAACUCACCAUUGAAUCAUCAGUGCAUCUUUUGUCAUUUUACUCUCUUUUAAAAUGGCUCAUCACACAGGUGGUGUCAUCACUUCCGGAUGACUUGAAACCGGGUCCUGACCUCUAUGGAUUGCCAUGGGAAGCAGUCAUCAUUACCUCCUUAUUAGGGUUGAUAACUCUACUUUUGUUCGUCUGCAGAUUCUAUCACUCCAUAAAAAGUCGACUGUAUGUUGGCAAAGAAAGGAAGCUUGGACAAAAGGUGGCAGAAUUACUUGAAGAAAAAUGUAAAGUUCUUGAAACACUGAGCGAAUGCAAGCAUAAAUAUGAGAAAUUGGAAGUUGCCUUGCAGAAUGGUGGCGUUUCGGCACAUGCUUUGGAGAAGGAGAACCUGGAGGUCAUGUCCAGGAAUUUGGAACAGUCAAAUGCUCAACUAAAAGAUGAAAUUGAACAGCUUAAACAAGAUCUAGAGGAUGAAAGGACCAGGCGGUCACAACAGGAAGAGAUGCUUGUUGGAAUGCAGGAGACUCUGAAAAGCCUACAAGAAGAAGCAAAAGAUUUAAAGUCACAGAUGGAGCAGGCACAGACAACUUUGAAAAUCUAUGACAUUAACAGCGAGAGGUUACAGAAAAAUCUGCAAGCAGCAAGAGAAGAGAAUGCUCUACUUCAGGAGAGUGAAGCCCAGCUUGUGCAGGAAGCUGAAGGCUGGGGGGAGCGUCUGAGUGAACUGGAAGAGGAAAUGAAGAUGUGUGAGUGCACCCACAGGGACAUGGAGGACGACUGUGCCAACAAAAAUGACCGCAUUAAGUCUCUCACGGAGUGCCUGCUCAAGAUGAGGGACUGGGACUCGGAGGUGGAGGAUGAAGCCAAUGGAGAGGACAGCGAUGCUAAGAGCUCUGCGGAGAAUGGAGACAGUACAGAUACCCACCAGAAGCAGAAGGUGCAGAGGCUCAUUUACGCAGCAAAGAUGAGUGCGGACUUGAAGUCCCUGGAGGAAGAAAAGAACAGGGUGUUUGCCAGGCUAGCUGAUGAAGUCAAAGCCAAAGAGGACCUCCAAGAGGGGAUUGAAAAGCUGCAGAAGGAGAAGGACUCGCUGCAGGCAGAAAGUGCCAUGUACACCUGCGACACCCAGAAGCUCCAGCAGAAACUGCACAUCAUGACUGAGAUGUACCAGGAGAAUGAGCUGAAACUGCACAGGAUGCUGACAGUGGAGGAGAGAGAGCGUUUGCAAAAGGAGGAGAAGCUGACAAAGGCAGACAAGAAGAUCAACCUUGCAGAGGAGGAGCUCAGCAACUACAGGCAAAGGGCCCAAGAGCUUGAGGAGGAACUUGAGAAGACAAACCAGGCCUACAAGAAUCAGAUUGCGUCACAUGAAAAGAAGGCACAUGAUAACUGGCUGGCUGCGCGAGCUGCAGACCGCGACCUGGCAGACGUCAAGCGUGAGAACGCUCACUUCAGGCAGAAGUUGACAGAUUCCCAGUUUAAGCUGGAGAUGGUGGAGAAAGACCCCUAUGCUUUGGAAGCUCCAGGAAGAUCUAUGUUUAGAGGCGAGAGAUCCCCUUUUGGACCAUCUCCUCUUGGACGGCCCUCUUCUGAAAACAGAGCUUUCCUGUCUCCACCCACUCUGAUGGAUGGGCCGCCGCGCCUCUCCCCUCAGUUUCCCCUGGGACCUGGGGGCAGAGUGUCGAGAGGUCCAGAGUACCCUGUCAUGAGUGAAGGGGUGGACUCUGAGCGGAGUGGUGGGGAGAGUCGUGGCCCACACUCCGACAGUGGUUCACUGUCCCCUACCUGGGAGAGAGACCGCAGAGGCCCCUUACCUCCUCCAGGGUACCCGUACCCAGACCCUGGCCUGCCCUACCGCAGGCCCCUGCCCGGUGUGUUCCCCAUGGGUCCGCUCCCACCCAGGGGCCCAAGUCCGGCUGAGGCCCACAGUUUCGGCCCCCACCCUGCAGACAAAUCUGACUCCUCGUAUCUGAGCAACACCUCAGAUGCUUUGGGCGUAGGGGAGAAUGAGAACAGAGAUAGUCUCCUGUCAAUGUCUGGAGAGCUGAGGGUGCCCCCAGAUGCAGAGGCGAGAAUGGGGCCAGGCUUCGGGCCCCCCAUGAUGGGACCACCCCCUCCACUUGAACCCAGGGACCCCUUCCCUCGGAGGGGCCCAUAUGGCCCACCUGACUUCUUCCCGCCUCGAGGUCCUGGAGGUCUCCCUAUGCCCAUGCGAAGGCCACUUCCACCAGGAAUGUUCCCUCGAUAUCCCAUUCCGCCCCCCCAGCAUAUGGGAUACCCCGUGCCAAGACCCCCGCCUGAAACCUUCCCAGGGCCCCCGCCCAGGCCCUCACCCCCAGGCAGUGAACAGCCUCCUGAGCAUCCCCCCGAGCCACAAGAUGUCAUCUGAGCAGUCUCGCCCACGCCGCCUCCCGCAUCUCACUUCCUGUCGUUUGGUGCCCAUGGUUUGCGCUGAGAGGCAGCCCCCGCAGUCGGAAGCAGCUUCCUGUGGUGAAGGUCAUGUGACGGCUUCCCUGAGUGGCAGUGUGAACAGCUUGCGUAAACACCCGUACCAGCCGCCGAUCGCAUCAAUUCAAAUGUAGUAAAGAGCUAGAGGUUCUCCACGGGUUCAGCGUUCGUCCUUCCGACAGGCCAACAUUGUUCCCAUUACAGAUCCGCUUUUACAGUUCCACAUUUUCUCUCUAAAAUAGACAUCCAAACGUGUAACUGGCAGUGUCUGAGAAUCUUCAUUCUGCAAAGUUUCAGUGUUUGCUAAUUACAGUGGAGAUCAAUACUUGGGUUUUUUUUGGUAUCCAGCUCCAUAGUAUAGGACAAGCAGGGGCAACCAAGUCUUCUCUGUUCUGUAUAAGGGGAGAUGGAUAUGAAUGUCAGCAGCUUAUGUUGCUUUUAGAGUUCAGUUUUAAAUUAAGUAUAAUUUUACUCAUAUCUGAAAUGUACAUACAGAAAUUGUAUUAAUAUUGUGAAUAAGGAGUUGUAUAUACAAAUCCUUGCUAUACACCAUUCAUUUCUUUUCAACAUUGGGUGGUGUAUAGCCCUCAUUCUUUGAGGUUUCUCCUUUGACUUUUUUUUGCUUAAACAUCUUUAAAUUCAGUGGUUGUAGACAUGAUAAAGAUUAAGUCAUAGAUCAGGACACCCCACAAAAUGAGAGCCCCAAGUUACAGUGCACAGGAGGAUAAUUGUCACAUUUUAAACAUAUUGUGUCAUAGUCCAUGUUCACAUUGGGAUUCAUGUAAUUACACUAAUUUCUUUUAAAUGACUGAACAGGUAUAAUUUGAAAUUGGCAGUGGCUUCCUACUGUGUAAAGAACAAAUAAAAAUGUUUCUUUUCAAUGUACUUAAUAUUUCUCUUUUGAAGUUUCUACACCAAAAUGCUGUAAAAUUAAGUGUUGCAUUUCAUUAUGUAGGAAUGAUUAGUUAACUAUUUCCCACAUUCAAAUACCAGACAAGCCAAGUUCCCACAACCACACCAAUUUCA